AUGGAGAGGUAUCUCUUUAUGGCAAGGGAGCACAAAGGAAAGGCUGAGGUAAAGCAGAUGAAAAAGGAAACGAGAGAAGGCAAAUGGAAGCGCAGAGAACAACCAACUAAACCCUCAGUGACCCAACCAACUAAACCCUCAGUGACCAUCACCUCCUCCACUUUAGACGAGGAAACCGCCCCAAUGGAAAUUACCGCUGGCCCAAGCACAUCCCAAGCUGAAGAGCCUGAGCUAACUCCAUCACCAUCCCCCAUCCUGAUCCCAGCAGAUGUACCUUCAGAAGAGGAAGACGGUGAAGAAGACGAGAGUCAUUACCCCGAUCGGAAAGAGUUCUUCAAAGAUCCAAAUCCUAGGAGCAACCGUCACCGCUGGCUUGUUCUUUUUUACCAUCAUUUGAACAAGCCAGACUGCGGGCGAAAGAAACAGAAGAAUCGGCUCCAGCAUGCGGAGCACGUGAGGAGAAUUCUGGAGGAUCUUCAAUCCAGGGGUUCAGACAUAGACAUCCUCUAA